GACGCGUACUCUGGAAGAAAAUAGUCACAUGUUUUAAAAAUACUGUCCUGGAGGUACAGUACAUGUGCAAUGUCAGGUAUUUGAUUUCUGGGUAGGAACAUUUUUACAUUUUGUGCUACUUCUGUCGACCGUUUCAAAUUAUUUCAGACAUUUUUGCUUUCCAAAAGAUUGGUGAACGUUGACGCUGUCAAGCUAACUUUACCCUGCUGUUGAAAUGAAAGAAAAAAGGAGACCAAACACCAAAAAGAAGAAGGGGAAUGUGGUCUUACAGAAGUGCAUGGUGGCAGUUGAUGAGUUCGUUAAAAGAAAAAGCUGUGUGGAAGAUGCAGAAGGUGAUCAAGACGGUUUCAGAUUUGUCAAAAAGAAGAGUAGAAAGGAACUACGCAAAGAGAAGCGACAACUGAAAAAAGCCAAGAUGAAAAGUCAUUACGAGGGCAAAACGAAUGUCUUUUUAACCCCUGCUGAUGCUGAAAACCCAGAAAUAAAAGCUAAAAAACAACUAGAAGUGCAGAAGAAAAUUGAAAAGACGAGAAAGGAAGAGAGUAAAAUAUUUCCCAGCAAGCUUGCUCAAGUUCCUACAGGAAAAUCAGUCUCGUUUUCAAAAUCAUCCAUCAAAAAAGGUAAGCAAGUAAACAAGCUUCAAGAGUCAAGAAAAAUGGCAUUAAUGGAGGCUAAUGAACAAGAAGACAGAGAGAUCAAGAAGCUCGAGCAAUGCCUCGGGCUUAAUAAGAGGAAGAAUAAAAAGAGUCUUCCACAGUCUUUUGUGAGUGAUGGACUUGAUUACAUCCUGGGUGUGCUGGACUCCAGCCCAUCAGUGGUGGGAAUGCACAACGCUGCUGAUGAUGAUGACGAUUGUGACAUGGCCAGAGAGAACUUUAAAAAGCUUGAAGAAGAUGACUCGGCCAUGUCAGAUAAAGAAGAAGAACCUGAACAUGAAAUUAUGAGUGCAGGCAGUGAUGAUGAGGACAAAGAGGAAAGUGGGGAUGAUUCUGGUGAAGAGAUGAGUGGGGUUGAGGAAGAAGAAAGUGAGGCUGAUAAUGUAGAAGAGGAGGAAGAAGAAAUGGAUGAUGGUAACGAUGAGCUGAAUGACAGCAACGAUGUUAAUCCAGAUGAUGAGAGUGAGGAGGAAACGAAAGAAGAAACUGUCGCCACAACAUCAGGAAAGUAUGUGCCUCCUCAUCUGCGCAACACUGGAGAUGAUAAACGCAAAGCUGAGCUGGAAAAACUGAGAAGGAACGUGAAAGGCCUGAUGAACAGACUAAGUGAACCCAACAUGGCCUACAUCUGCGGUCAGCUGGAGGAGCUGUAUAUGAGCUGCAGCAGGAAGGACAUGAAUGACACUUUGACCGAGGUGCUGCUGGCGGCCUGCGUCACUCCGACCCUGAUGCCUGAUCGACUGCUAAUGGAGCAUGUGCUGCUUGUUAGCAUCCUUCAUCAUGCUGUGGGGCUGGAGGUGGGAGCCCAUUUUCUUGAGACGGUCGUCCGCAUGUUUCACGAGACGUACAGGAGCUCCAGUGAGGGCAAAGAAUGCGAGAACCUCAUCGCCAUCGUCGCUCACCUCUACAACUUUCAGGUGGUGCAUUCCGUCCUCAUCUUCGACAUACUGAAGCUGCUGGCGGAAACGUUUACUGAGAAGGACAUCGAGCUGAUUCUGUUCACGCUGAAGAAUGUCGGCUUCAGCCUGAGGAAGGACGACGCUCUAGCUCUCAAAGAGCUCAUCUCUGAGGCUCAGCGUAAGGCUAGCGACGUGGGAUCACAUUUCAAGGAUCAGACCAGGGUUCGUUUCAUGCUGGAAACCAUGUUGGCUUUAAAGAACAACAACAUGAGGAAGAUCCCGGGGUAUAAUCCUGAACCUGUGGAGAGACUGAGGAAGCUACAGAGGACUCUGGUCCACAACAGUUUAGGAAGCAGUGACCUGAAACUGAGGGUCUCUUUAGAAAACCUCCUGAAAGCAGAGAAGGUGGGCCGCUGGUGGAUCGUCGGCUCAUCGUGGAGCGGCGCCCCCAUGAUCAACAAGCAAGAAGACAUGACCUCACAGAAGAGUACUGCUGAAGGACAGUUCAGCCACAAAGUGUUGGAGCUGGCUCGGAAACAGAGGAUGAACACAGAGGUCAGGAGGAACAUCUUCUGUGCUCUGAUGACCAGCGAGGAUUACCUGGAUGCUUUUGAGAAACUGUUGAGGAUGGGUCUGAAGGACAAGCAAGAACGAGAGAUUGUUCAUGUUCUGAUGGACUGCUGUCUGCAGGAGAAAACCUUCAACGGGUUUUAUGCCGUACUGGGAGAGAAAUUCUGCUUCCACGACCGCCGCUUCCAGAUGACCUUCCAGUUCAGCUUGUGGGACAAGUUCAAGGACCUGGCCAACCUUCCCAGCAGCUCCUUCAACAACCUGGUCCAUCUGCUGACCUGCUUUCUUCAGAAGAAGUGCCUCCCACUCUCCAUUCUCAAAGUGAUCGAGUUUGGAGAACUGGAUAAAACCAUGGUUCGCUUCUUGCGACAAGUGCUGACCAAACUGCUAAAAGAAGCCGAGCCCGAGGAGCUGGUCAACAUUUUUGGGAGGAUUUCAGGAAUUCCCAAGCUUGGAAUGCUGCGGGAAGGCUUGAAGCUUUUCAUCAGUCACUUCCUCCUGAAGAACGCGUCACAGGGUCCAGCUGAGCAAGCGGCGCUGCUGUCUGAGUGCGCCCAGAUCGCCACCAAAGCCAUGGAGGCCAAGCUCAAACCAUAACAAAUACGCACAUGAGGAACUUCAAAUGUUGGCUGUGGAAUAAAAGGAGGCGUAUGAGGAAAAUACUCCUCUUAGAUAAAAACAAAAUGACCAUUUUAAAUCUUUUUUAAGAGCAUGUUUGUCAGAG